CGGAUAAAGGAAACGAUGGUUUAAAACAAAAAUUAUCGUGACGAUCAUCUCAAGGUAACUGAGAGAAAGCAAUUGCGACAACCGCCAGACCCGGUCUCAGAUAUUAUGUCCUGACACCGUUAACUUAUCAAGCCGAUUACAAUAUUAUGCAAUAUCCAAAAUCAUUUACCGGUAUCAAGAUUUUUAUGUUGGCCAGUAACUUAACCCAAGGUGUUCCUGUUGGCUUGGCUGCCCCAUACAAUUCAAGUUCCAGAAGGCUGCAGGAAAGUGAAGGUUAUUUCAAAUAUGGCGGACGACGAGGACGUUUGCCGGGUUAUGUCGUCUGAAAAUUUCGACGAGGUUUUAAAUCUUGUCUGGGGAACAAACGUGAAAGAGGAGAUAUUCGAAAGGUGGUCUCAAGGUUUUGUCUUUUCAACAGUGGAACCGAGUGCUCUUAUUCAGGAACAUGGAGGACCAUGUGCUAUCAUAGCUUCUGUCCAGGCUUUUAUUCUAAAGAAUAUCCUUUUUGUAGAGGAAACACCAGCUCCUGAUAACUGGAGACAAGUCGCAGAUGAGCAAGCUAGACAGUUGCUUGUUUGCUCUCUUUGUGAGAUGCUUAACAAUGUCAAAACUGAGAAAUUUACCCUGGUGUUUCUCAGGGAUCAUCUGGUCUUUACAUCAUGUAUGACAGCUGAAAGAACAGACACAGAAAGUGAGGAGUGUGCAUCAUCCAACAGUCCAGAUUCCAGUUCCCCUGAUUACCACAAAUCAGUCUGUGCUUCGGAGCUUACUUCAUUAUCUAGUGAUAAUUUUCAUUCAAAACUAUGUCAGGUUCAAUGUCAUGCUUUAGAGGAUGUCACUCAAGUUAUUAAAAAAAACAUAGCCAUGUUAGAAGGCCGCUUUGGUGUGCUGCUAUUUCUUUAUUCAGUGUUAUUAACAAAGGGUUUAGAAAGUAUCAGGUCUGAAAUGGAAGAUGUGGGUGAACCGCUGGUGGAUGAGAGUUUUGGGCAUGGAAGUCAAACCCUCAUCAACCUUAUGCUGACUGGAUAUAGCGUAUCAAAUGUCUGGGACUCUUCAAGAACACUUUCAGGCCUGGAAUUAAGAGGUGUUCCUAAACAGUCUUCAAUAGGAUUUUUAACACUUUUAGAAGCUCAUCGAUACUGUGAGGUUGGGAACUUUUUGAAAUCUCCUAUGUAUCCAGUAUGGCUUCUUGCAAGUGAAACUCACCUUACAGUCUUCUUCUCCCAGGAACGAAGUCUAACUGGCUCAGAAAGUGAUAGAGAAAGAGGCUUGAGAGUUUUUAAAUCUCAUGACCAGCAAGACAAUGGUUUUAUUACAAGUGAUCAACUUGGAAGUGUCUUAGAGGAUCUUGAUCUUGUUUCUGAUCCUGAAUAUGUAUCCUUCAUGAAAGAACGCUUAGACCAAGAUUCUGUUGGGAUCAUUCUUCUGCAUAAUUUCCUGACAGAGUUUUUCCCUGGAGAGGAUAUGCUAGCAGAUGAUGUUAAGCCAUUUAAAGCUUUUCAUUACAAUGGACUUGGAUUAAGAGAGGAAGAUGGCACCAAAAAGGUUAUGUAUACAGAAGGACUAGCUUCCAUUGAGCCAUCAGACUUCAGUCGCAUAGCAGAACAACAGAUUGUUUCUUGUCUGAAGACAAAGUGGCCAGGAGUAUGGCUCGAGUGGGAGGGAAAACAUGUGCCGUCAUUAAAUUAAAAAGGAUGGAAGUCCAGCACAUAAGAUCUAUCCAUUAUAUUGAUUACUUUUUAUAAAUGAUGUAAGAGAUCCUAUAUGCCUCUCUUUGAGAAAGUUGGUGGG